AUGUUUCCUGGAUUUAUACAAGCAGCAAUUUUAGCUGUUGUAAUUAUUCUUACUCAAACAACAAAACAUAUCCGUUGUGAAGAUGCAUCAAAUGCCGAUGAAAGUCAUGUUCUUGCUCUUACCAAAGAUACAUUUGAUGAUGUUGUAAAAACUAAUAAACACGUACUAGUGAAAUUCGUUGCUCCAUGGUGCGGUCAUUGUAAAGCUUUAACACCAGCCUAUGCCGCUGCUGCUAAACAAUUAGCUGAAUCUGGUAGUGAAAUUAAAUUAGCUAGUGUUGAUGCAACUAUUGAACAAGAUCUUGCACAAAAAUUCGAAGUUAAAGGUUAUCCAACAAUCAAAUUCUUUAGUGAUGGUACCACAUUUGAAUACACUGGUGGACGUACACAAGAUGAUAUUAUUGCUUGGUUAAAAAAGAAAACUGGACCAGCAGCUGAAGAAUUAAACAGUGUUGAUGAUCUUAACAAACUGAAACAAGCUGGCGAUGUUGUUGUCAUCGGUGCUUUUAAGGAUGCAGAUGGUGAUACUGCUGCAUCCUUUCUGCAAGUUGCUAAAACUCUUGAUGGCAUGCCAUUUGGUAUUACAUCAAAUGCCGAUGUUCUCAAAGAACUCGACGUUAAACAAGAUACUAUUGUUCUCUUCAAAAAAUUUGACGAAGGUCGCAAUGAUCUUACAACAAUUGAUGAAGGUUCGAUUCGUCAAUUUAUUCAAGAAAAUCAACUUCCAAUUGUUGUUGAUUUCAAUGCUGAAACAGCACAAAAAAUCUUCGGUGGUGAUAUUAAAGUACAUGUACUUUUAUUUGCCAGUAAAAAAAGUAGUGAAUAUGAAAAAAUUCGUGAAGAAUUCACAUCUGCUGCUAAAAGCUACCGUGGAAAAACACUUUUUGUUUCCAUUGAUUCUGAUGAUGAAGAAAAUGAACGUGUACUUGAAUUCUUUGGUCUUAAAACGUCAGAUGUUCCAGCUGUUCGUUUAAUCACACUGAAAGAUGAAAUGAGCAAAUUUAAACCCGAAUCAUCAGAAAUCAAAUCAGAAGUUCUAGUCGAUUUCGUUAAAGCCUUCUUUGAUGGAAAACUUAAACCACAUUUACUCACACAAGAUAUUCCGGAAGAUUGGGAUAAAAAUCCAGUUAAAAUCUUAGUCGGUAAAAACUUUCAUGAAGUUGUUCAAGACAAAAAGAAAACCGUACUUGUCACAUUUAUUGCUCCUUGGUGUGGUCAUUGCAAACAAUUAGCACCUAUUUAUGAACAAUUAGGUGAAAAAUAUAAGGACAAUGCCGAUAUUCUUAUUGCUAAAAUGGAUGCUACUGCUAAUGAACUUGAAGAUGUCAAGGUUCAAAGUUUCCCAACAAUAAAAUUAUUUCCAAAAGAUUCUGACGAAGUUAUUGAUUAUCAAGGAGAACGUACACUUGAAGGCCUUUCGAAAUUUGUUGAAUCGAAUGGAAAAGAAGCUGGUAACAUUCCCGAAGAAACGGCUGAACAAACCGAAGAAGCUGAUGAGAAUGCAGAAACAGAAACAGCUCACGAAGACCUCUAG